GUCCCAUGCCAUUGUCGUUCAUUCGCUGCGGGGUACGAAGUCGAAUGCUUGUCUUGUGAUUUACUUUGCGUUUUUUUAAUUCAAUUCCUCGUCAAUGUUGUAUAGUUAUUGCGUUUACUAUUAACCUUCAUCAGUGAAUGUCAAAAUUCGAUUCAUCGUGCAACUUUCGGAUAUUUGAUUGUUUGGGACAUAAGCGUUGGUUUGAUGAAGACCAAGUUAUUCUGGACGACACAAUGGCUAGAGAACCCGUCAUCAUAAAUGUCUAUGAUAUGUAUUGGAUCAAUGGUUAUACUUCUUCGCUUGGAAUAGGAGUAUUUCAUUCAGGAAUUGAAAUUUAUGGAACAGAAUAUGCAUAUGGUGGUCAUCCGUACCCUUUUUCAGGCAUAUUUGAAAUCACUCCCAGAGAUGCAGAGGAACUGGGAGAACAGUUUAAAUUCAAGCAAGUCAUUCACCUGGGUUAUACAGAUUUCACUGAGCUGGAUGUUCAACGUAUUGUAACAGAAUUGGGGAAAGAGUUUAGGGGUGACAAGUAUCACUUAAUGAAUAGAAAUUGUAACCAUUUUUCAAGUGCAUUAACAGGGAUUUUAUGUGGCAAAGAGGUUCCGUCAUGGAUAAACCGGCUUGCAUAUUGGAGUACAUGUAUACCAUUUUUGGAAAGGUGUUUGCCUCAAGAGUGGCUAACUCCAGUAGCUCUGCAGCAAACAAUAAACCAACGAAACGAAAACAAUGGUGAACUUCAACCCAAAUAGAAGUCAAGAAUCUCUCGUGUCUCGCCUCUUAAUAUUCCUCCCCCCCCCCCUCGUUAUCUCCUGUUCAUCGUACUAGUCUUUCCUAUUUACUUUCUUUUGAUAUCAUUAUCAUCAAGUCAAAAAUGGAUUGUGCGAUCUAGGAAAAAUGUUGCACGUCUAGAUCAGCUGUCAGGUUUGCGAUGAUCCAUAUUAUUGCCAAUUUAUUCCACUUCCAUGCUAUAACUUAAUCUGUUUCUUUCGUACCCAGUUUCUCUCAACUGCCACACUUGUCUAAAAAAACCAUCGUAUCAUAGACUCACUCGUUCCACACUUUAUAGCGCAAUUCAAGGAAAUUGAUGAAAUACACACAAAGUAUCUUACUUUA